ACCUCUAUAUAGUGCAUUGGAAUCACACCCAUUUUGUUCCCCUGCUAAUGUUAUCUUCGACAACUGAACUAAUUUCCUUUCAGUUUUGCCACCCCAAAUCUCCAAUUGAAAACCUCUGUUUUAUUAUUUGGGGUGACAAAAUUGGAUCUGUGGGUCUGCAACUUUGCUGUUAGAAGGAAGGCCUACCAAUUCCUACCUUCUGUAGUUAAGGUGACUUUGGAGUUCCAUAGUGCCUUUGCACUGGACUUCAGCCCUUUUGCAACUAUGGUUUACUUUCUCUUCUUUUCUCACGGAACUAAUGCAGGAAGCCAAGGUUAUUGCAAUAGAAGAGAGUAGGGAGUGCAGGCCAAUUUCUGUGUUUGAUUAUUAGUUGGCUAGUGGGAGCCGAGGCUGCCCUCAAUAGCUGUGUUGAGUAAUUGAACACGGAUCAUUAUGAGGAACUUGAGAGUCUUCAGAUCAGUAUGCACAGGGACAGAUAUGAAACUGCAGCCACCCUCGAGUCCAGAAAACCAUCCAGACACCCUCCGUUGGCUCUAUGAGCAUUGUCAAGUUGUGCAGGGCAAUCUGGAGAUUACAUACCUGCCAGCAGAUGUAGAUACAUCCUUUCUCAAAGACAUCAGAGAAGUCCAGGGAUAUGUGUUAAUAGCCAAGAAUCACAUGCGCCAUUUGCACCUGAACAGCCUCUUGAUCAUUCGUGGGACCCAGCUCUAUGAGGAGAAGUAUGCACUGGCUGUCCUAGACAAUGCUGAUCCCAGUGGAGACGUGGGGCUGCAGGAACUGGGCAUGUUGAAACUAACAGAGAUCUUAAAAGGUAGUGUGAUUAUAGAGAGGAACCCUCAGCUGUGCUUCCAAGAGACCAUACAUUGGGAAGCUAUCUUCCAUAAGUAUAACUUGCAAAACGAUACGGAGAUCAGCAGCCAUCGUCGUAGGAACUGCCCUGACUGCAGCCAAAUCUGCCCACAUAAUAACCACUGCUGGGGAGAAGCAAAAGAGAGCUGUCAAAUAUUGACAAGUACAAUCUGUGCCAGUAGCUGCCCGAGGUGCAAAGGAGAACACCCAACCGACUGUUGCCAUGAGCAGUGUGCAGCAGGCUGUACAGGACCCAAGCAUUCCGAUUGUCUGGCCUGCCUGCACUUUAACCACAGUGGCAUAUGUGAACUGCACUGUCCACCUUUAAUGAACUACAAUCCAGAUGCUUUUGAAAUUAUGCACAACCCAAAUGGACGCUACACUUUUGGAGCAACUUGUGUCCCCCAUUGCCCUUAUAAUUACUUGGCUGCAGAGGUAGGCUCUUGCACUCUGGUGUGUCCCCAAAACAGUCAAGAAGUGAGCAUGGGUACCAUGCAGAAAUGUGAGAAAUGUGACAGUUCCUGCCCAGAAGUCUGUUAUGGUUUAGGAAUGGAUUUCCUGAAAGGCGUUCGUGCUGUCAAUGCCUCUAACAUCCACCACUUUACUGGCUGUACCAAGAUCUUUGGCAGUUUAGCCUUUCUGAAAGAGACCUUUGCAGGAGAUCCUGCCACAAAUAUCCCACCCCUACAACCUGAACAGCUUGAAGUCUUCAUGCACCUGAAAGAUUUAACAGGCUUUCUAUACAUUGAAUCCUGGCCAGAGACUCUUUUGGACCUGAGCCCUUUCCAGAACCUUCAGGUGAUCCGAGGGCGGGCACUUUACAAUGGAGCUUAUUCACUAACACUGCAAAACCUCAACAUAUCCUGGUUGGGCCUACGUUCACUGCAAGAGAUCAGUAGUGGCAUGGUCCUUAUCCACCACAAUCCCAACCUUUGCUUCAUCCAAAAUGUUCCUUGGGGCGACAUCUUCAGAAAUCCUCGGCAGAAGCUAUUCCACAAUGACAACAAUUCGCCUGAGCAAUGUGGUCUCCAAGGCCAAGUUUGUUAUUCUCUGUGCUCCCAGGGACAUUGCUGGGGACCAGGGAAAAGUCAGUGUGUGUCCUGCAGUGGCUUUCUCCGUGGGAAGGAAUGCAUUGAGAAUUGCAAUGUUCUGGAUGGGGAUAUUCGGGAAUAUGUCAAUGGGACACGCUGCUUUACAUGUCAUCCAGAGUGCAUGCCCCAAAAUGGGACUGAAUCUUGCUAUGGAUCGGAGGCAGACCAGUGUGUAGCUUGUGCCCAUUACAAAGAUGGACUAUCCUGCGUGGAACGGUGUCCCAGUGGUGUGAAGCUUGAUGGCUCUUUUAUACCUGUUUGGAAGUACCCUGAUGAAGAUAAUGUCUGUCAGCUCUGCCCAGUCAACUGUACCCUUUCAUGUGCACUACGGGAUGAAUUUGGCUGCCCUGUGGAUCAGAAGCCCAGGAUAGCAUACUAUGGAGAGACAGAAACCGGGGAAGGAAAAGUAUCUAUGCUGCAGAAGAGAAGAGGUCUUUUGUCUGAGAAGUGCUUAAUCUUCUGUUGCAGAGCCAGAAGCCAUGCUAGUUCAAUCAUUGCAGGUGUGGUGGGUGCUGCCCUUGCCCUCCUUCUGUUGCUUCUCACUAUUAUUUGCAUCAAUCGACGGAAGCAGCAAGAGAGGAAACAUACCAUGAGGCGUCUUCUGCAGGAAACUGAGUUAGUGGAGCCCUUGACCCCCAGUGGAGCUCUUCCAAACCAGGCUCAGAUGCGUAUUCUCAAGGAGACAGAACUGAAAAAAGUCAAGGUUUUGGGGUCAGGUGCUUUCGGAACCGUAUAUAAGGGUGUGUGGAUUCCAGAUGGAGAGAAUGUGAAGAUUCCUGUAGCUAUCAAAGUCCUGAGGGAAAACACUUCACCUAAAGCCAACAAGGAGAUUUUGGAUGAGGCAUAUGUUAUGGCAGGUGUAGGCAGUCCUUACGUCUCUCGGCUGUUGGGAAUCUGCCUCACUUCCACAGUGCAGCUUGUGACUCAGCUCAUGCCAUAUGGCUGCCUUCUGGAUUACGUGCGGGAGAAUAAGGACCGCAUUGGAUCCCAGGACCUCCUCAACUGGUGUGUGCAGAUAGCUAAGGGCAUGAGCUACCUGGAGGAUGUCCGCUUGGUUCACCGGGACUUGGCUGCCCGGAAUGUCCUGGUGAAGAGCCCAAAUCAUGUGAAGAUUACAGAUUUUGGGUUGGCCCGACUGCUGGACAUUGAUGAAACAGAAUAUCAUGCUGAUGGAGGGAAGGUGCCUAUCAAGUGGAUGGCCUUAGAGUCCAUCUUGCGCAGACGAUUUACUCAUCAAAGUGAUGUGUGGAGCUAUGGUGUUACUGUUUGGGAGCUGAUGACUUUUGGUGCAAAGCCUUAUGAUGGUAUCCCAGCCCGGGAGAUUCCUGAUCUGUUGGAAAAAGGAGAGAGAUUGCCCCAGCCUCCUAUUUGCACCAUUGAUGUCUAUAUGAUUAUGGUUAAAUGCUGGAUGAUUGACUCAGAAUGCCGGCCUAAGUUCCGAGAAUUGGUCACCGAGUUCACCCGCAUGGCCAGAGAUCCUCAGAGGUUUGUGGUUAUUCAGAAUGAUGAAACGAUGGGUCUUGCCAGCCCCAUAGACAGCACUUUUUAUCGCACUUUGCUGGAGGAGGAAGACAUGCAAGACUUGGUGGAUGCAGAAGAAUAUCUUGUCCCCCAUCAGGGCUUUUUCAGUGGUGAAACAUCAGCUGACUAUCGAUCUAGGAUUUCCUCCACAAGGAAUGUUUUAGAGACUCAAAUGGAUGCAGAAGAGACUGAGGAGUCUCCUCAAUACCCAUACUUGGGACCAUCCCUUUCUGAAGAGUCAGAAAGUAUCACCACUGACGUGCAUGAGGAAGACUAUGCAGCAAGCAAAGCAGUGCAGACUUCAGCACCAUUGCAGUCACCUGAUUCUUCUCUUCAGCGCUAUAGUGAAGAUCCCACAGGUGCAUCAGUUAAUGAAAAGGAGGAUCCUGAUAACAAGAGCUACGCUGUACCAUUAAGCUUGGCUGUCAUACCAGAGUAUGUAAAUCAACCAGAAAACAACCUUCCACCCAACAAAAACCUACGACUACCAGGAUCCACACUAGAAAAGCAAAAAAAGCACAUGGGCAAAAAUGGGCUUAUCAAGGAACCAAAGAAUGCUUUCUAUAGGAGUUUCACCAGUGCAGUGGAAAAUCCAGAGUACCUGACACCAUGCAGUGUCCCUGUGUCUAGCCCUUUACCACAAGCUUUUGACAACCUUUAUUAUUGGAACCAAGAAAAUCCUAAGUGCAAUCCAGCAGAAUUCUUUGCCACCUCCAUUGUUCCUCCUGCUGCUACCAAUGGGUUUCCUCCAACCCCAACAGCAGAGAACCUGGAGUAUUUAGGGCUGUCAGAAUCAGUCACUUGUUCCAAGGACUUUGCAUAAAAACUAUUUCUCAUGACCAGUCAGAUUGACUUUUACAAUCAAGCCACCUCAGGAUACAAACCCAGUGAAUUACCCAUGCAUGAUGAACACGAUUGAAGCCUUAAUGGUCCUUUUAAGGCCCAAUAGGUUUUUCUCUCUCAUAUCUCCUAGCUCUUGCGGAAAGAAGAUGAUGGGCACAUUUGGAUCUACUGCAAUAGAAUAGCAUAGCUUUUUACUCCCUCUUAUUUAAUACUGGCAGUAGCAAGAUUUUCCCUCUGCUACUACCCUAAGAUGUGCUGUUGAAAGUUUUGGGGUCCAAGUAUGGAUUUUUGUUUGGCUGAAUUGCAAGUUUUGGUCAGUAUAAUACUAGUAAUUAAACAUAUUAGUUGGCUCAGAAUUUUGCAACACCAAGUAUAUUUCCAUCACCCCAAGUAUCAGAUGACGGACACUGGUUUUAAUUAAAAAGAGGUUAAAAAUCCUGCAAACUUGAAGUCUGCCCAUUUCUGGGCUAUAAGGCACUACAUCUGUGACAUUCCUCGGAUUCAGGCAGCUCAGCUGCCAUUUGGGCAAAAGAAUGGAGUGCCCUUUUACUUCUCACCACAUCUGUAGCCCCUGCUUUUAAUGUCUUGGGCUUCAAGAUAAGAGGGUCGGACUACUAGAAGGGCCUGAAAAAUUGCAAGUUGGAAUGAUAAUACAUUAAGAAGAGCAAAAACAUUCUUACCGGAGUAUGGACUAACAGGAAGAGUGGAAAAUAAGGGCAAAACGUGAUUUUUGGAAAUUUUAUUAUUGCUUAAACAGAUAUUCUUCAACCUUAGGGUGGGAAUAAUAUGCCGUUAUAGCAAAGUAGAACAAAAUAAUUAGUGUUUUUUUCAACAAGGUAUCUUAGAACAAAGGAAGUUUUGCUUAGUGACAAAUUAGUUUUGCCAUGGUCUUUAAAAUUACAAGAAGUUUCUAGAAGAGGCAGUUGAAGAACCAAAACAAAUGUAUUUAGUUUAGUUUAGUGAUGUUAAUUCAGAAAGGGAAUAUGUUUGGAUUGGAAAGUAGUUGAUAUAUAUUAUAUGAUCUUUGACAUGCCACUUCCUAGCUUUUACCAAGAGUACUGACAAAAAGCAUCUAACAUAUUUCUUCAGUUAGAGACAAUAGUAGAAGUUAGUUUCUUCAUAGGCACAAUAUGCCUCCUUUAAUAGUGUUUUUGAAAUAUUUAUUUUUAAGAAAGUGAAAGCUGCACACAUGCCUCCAGUAUAUGAGAGGGAAGAUUGAUAGUGGGUGUCAAAUGUAGAUUUCUAAGAACCUUGCUUUUAAGAAUGGAUCCAGCAUUGAUGGAGGCAAAUAUACGUUUGAAGUGCAUAGAUACAGAUACGUCUUCUAAAUCACAGGUGCCAGAGAUAACUGAGUAAGAUUGUCAGAAA